GCAGCGGCGCGCCGGGAGGGGCCGCAGCAUCCUCUGCCCCCGCGGCACCCGGGCCGGGAGAGGAGAGGGCCGGGCGCCCGGCCGCCCACUGCUCAGCCUGAUGCUCGAGGGGCGAAGGUGAGUGACAAUGGCAGAAAGCACGUGACCUGCACGGACCCUUCUCUGCCCACCAAGUGGCCCCACCAUGCAGAAGCCCAGCGGCCUGAAGCCCCCCGGCCGUGGGGGGAAGCACUCAAGCCCCAUGGGCCGGACGUCCACUGGCUCCACCUCGGCCUCUGCCGCCGCCACCACGGCCACCGGCUCCAAGGAAGAGCCCGAGGUUGUCCCCACCUUCCUGUCAGCUUUCUUGUCUGCCACCCAGACCCACGUCUUUGACCUCACAUGUGUCACCUCUGGUCCGCCUGCUGGCUCCCCGCUGCACAAGCAGGCCCCGGGGCCCCCGGCCGCCGCCGCCCCCGCCCCCGAGAAGCCCAGCGCCAAGGCGGCCGAGGUGGGCGACGAGUUCCUGGGGGACUUCGUGGUGGGCGAGCGCGUGUGGGUGAACGGCGUGAAGCCGGGCGUGGUGCAGUACCUGGGCGAGACGCAGUUCGCGCCGGGCCAGUGGGCGGGCGUGGUGCUGGACGAGCCGGUGGGCAAGAACGACGGCGCCGUGGGCGGCGUGCGCUACUUCGAGUGCCCGGCGCUGCAGGGCAUCUUCACGCGGCCCUCCAAGCUGACCCGGCAGCCGGCCGCCGAGGGCUCGGGCAGCGACGCCCACUCGGUCGAGUCGCUGACCGCACAGAACCUGUCCCUGCACUCGGGCACAGCCACGCCGCCGCUGACCAGCCGCGUCAUGCCGCUGCGGGAGAGCGUCCUCAACAGCUCGGUCAAGACCGGCAACGAGUCGGGCUCCAACCUCUCGGACAGCGGCUCCGUGAAGCGGGGCGACAAGGACCUGCGCCUGGGAGAUCGCGUGCUGGUUGGUGGGACGAAGACUGGCGUGGUGCGGUAUGUGGGGGAGACAGACUUUGCCAAGGGCGAGUGGUGUGGCGUGGAGCUGGACGAGCCCCUUGGGAAGAACGACGGGGCAGUGGCAGGCACCAGGUACUUCCAGUGCCCACCCAAGUUCGGUCUCUUUGCGCCCAUCCACAAGGUCAUCCGCAUCGGCUUCCCGUCCACCAGCCCAGCCAAGGCCAAGAAGACCAAGCGCAUGGCCAUGGGCGUCUCGGCGCUGACCCACAGUCCCAGCAGCUCCUCCAUCAGCUCUGUCAGCUCCGUGGCCUCCUCCGUGGGGGGCCGGCCCAGCCGCAGUGGCCUGCUCACGGAGACGUCUUCGCGCUACGCCCGCAAGAUCUCAGGCACGACCGCCUUGCAAGAGGCCCUGAAGGAGAAGCAGCAGCACAUCGAGCAGUUGCUGGCUGAACGGGACCUGGAGCGGGCCGAGGUGGCCAAGGCCACGAGCCACAUCUGCGAGGUGGAGAAGGAGAUCGCCCUGCUCAAGGCGCAGCACGAGCAGUAUGUUGCAGAAGCUGAGGAGAAGCUGCAGCGGGCCCGGCUGCUGGUGGAGAGCGUGCGGAAAGAGAAGGUGGACCUGUCCAACCAGCUGGAGGAGGAGAGGAGGAAGGUGGAGGACCUGCAGUUCCGAGUGGAGGAGGAGUCCAUCACCAAGGGAGACCUGGAGACCCAGACGCAGCUGGAGCACGCGCGCAUUGGGGAGCUGGAGCAAAACCUGCUACUGGAGAAGGCGCAGGCCGAGAGGCUGCUCCGAGAAUUGGCCGACAACAGGCUGACCACGGUGGCCGAGAAGUCCCGGGUGCUGCAGCUGGAGGAGGAGCUGAGCCUGCGGCGCGGGGAGAUCAAGGAGCUGCAGCAGUGCCUGCUACACUCCGGCCCGCCGCCCGCCGACCACCCCGAGGCCGCCGAGACCCUGCGGCUGCGGGAGCGACUGCUGUCGGCCAGCAAGGAGCACCAGCGGGAGAGCGGCCUGCUGCGGGACAAGUACGAGAAGGCUCUGAGGGCCUACCAGGCGGAGGUGGAGAAGCUCCGGGCGGCCAACGAGAAGUACGCGCAGGAGGUGGUGGACCUCAAGGCCAAGGUCCAGCAGGCCACCAGCGAGAACAUGGGGCUCAUGGACAACUGGAAGUCCAAGCUGGACUCGCUGGCCUCGGACCACCAGAAGUCCCUGGAGGACCUCAAGGCCACCCUGAACUCGGGCCCGGGCGCCCAGCAGAAGGAGAUCGGGGAGCUGAAGGCCGUGAUGGAGGGCAUCAAGAUGGAGCACCAGCUGGAGCUGGGCAACCUGCGGGCCAAGCACGACAUCGAGACCGCCAUGCACGUGAAGGAGAAGGAGGGCCUGCGGCAGAAGCUGCAGGAGGCCCAGGAGGAGCUGGCCGGCCUGCAGCAGCACUGGCGGGCCCAGCUGGAGGUGCAGGCCAGCCAGCACCGGCUGGAGCUGCAGGAGGCCCAGGACCAGUGCCGCGACGCCGAGCUGCGGGUGCACGAGCUGGAGAAGCUGGACGUGGAGUACCGGGGCCAGGCGCAGGCCAUCGAGUUCCUCAAGGAGCAGAUCGCCCUGGCCGAGAAGAAGAUGCUGGACUAUGAGCUGCUGCAGCGCUCGGAGGCCCAGAGCAAGCAGGAGGCCGAGAGGCUGCGGGAGAAGCUUCUGGUCGCCGAAAACAGACUCCAGGCCGUCGAGUCCCUGUGUUCGUCGCAGCACACCAACAUGAUCGAGUCCAACGACAUUUCAGGAGAGAAGAUAAGGAUGAAGGAGGCUGUGGAGGGCCUGCAGGACAAGCUGAACAAGAGGGACAAAGAGGUGACAGCCUUAACAUCCCAGACCGAGAUGCUCAGGGCCCAAGUAAGUGCACUGGAGGGCAAGUGCAGGUCCGGGGAGAAGAAGGUGGACGCCCUCCAGAAGGAGAAGCGGCGCUUGGAGGCCGAGCUGGAGGCCGUGUCCCGCAAGACCCACGACGCCUCGGGCCAGCUGGUCCUCAUCAGCCAGGAGCUGCUCAGGAAGGAGCGGAGCCUGAAUGAAUUGCGGGUGUUGCUGCUGGAGGCCAAUCGCCACUCCCCGGGGCCUGAAAGGGAUCUGAGCCGUGAGGUCCAUAAGGCCGAGUGGCGGAUCAAGGAGCAGAAACUCAAGGAUGACAUCCGGGGCCUGCGGGAAAAGCUGACCGGGCUGGACAAAGAGAAGUCCCUGUCGGAUCAGAGGCGCUACUCCCUUAUUGACCCGUCCUCAUCCUCGGCGCCUGAGGUCCUGCGGCUGCAGCACCAGCUCAUGAGCACGGAGGAUGCGCUGCGCAACGCGCUGGACCAGGCUCAGCAGGUGGAGAGGCUCGUGGAGGCCAUGAGGAGCUGCCCCGACAAGCCCCAGGCCGUCGGCAAUUCCGGUUCUGCAAACGGCAUCCACCAGCAAGACAAGGCCCACAAGCAAGAGGACAAGCACUGACCCUGAGGGACACCGUGGAGCGGCCCAGUCCACACCAGAGCCCCUUCGGCCUGCCCUGGUGGCGCCCCCUCCAGGCAGGGGCCAGAACUGUCGCUUUGCCGAGAGCAGUGUUUGUAACGAUACCCGCGGACAAUCCCCCACCCGACCCCCUGCCGGACCAGGAGGCUUCCUCAAGCCCGACCUUCCACAGAGAGCGGUACAGCCCCGGCCAGGCCCCGGGACCUUCAGACUGGACAUCCGGCAGCUUCUGGAGUUGGUUUGGGGAGGCCAAGAGAUCCGGCCAGGCCCCUCUCCCUGGGAGCUGCCCGAGGACCAUCCUGGCCCCCCCUUUGUUCCCCGCUUCUCCUGGAUCCCUCCCAGACCCCAAGAGCCAUUGUCUGGGCCAGGCGUUGGCAGAGGGCCCCAGCUUCCUGCAGGCACCAAGGAGGGCGGCCCAGCCCUCAGGAGCUGCAGCCGCUUCCAGGCCAAGGCCAUCCCCAGGGCUUCUUGUCCCCACAUACUGAGCCUCGUUCAAAGAGUGGUACAAAGUCCCUGUGGCCCAUCUGCCCAGUGAGGCCCCAUGUUCAAAGUGCUGGGGGGCAAGGCCCUUCGUCCCCCACCCCAGCGCACACAGCUCCGAGCUGCUGGCCGGAGGGUGGUCACCAAGGCCAGAGCCACAGUAUUAGGAGAGUUUGGAAGCCCCUCCCCUCCCCCCUCACUGCGGACCUGGCUUGGAGUUGGGGCGGGGCGGCCACAGGGGGCCCCAGAACCAGGGCUCGGUGUGUGUUUUGGCUGCUCAGUAACACGGUGUCCCCUGGGUUGACCUGAUGUUCCAGAGCCGGGCCUCCCACCUGCCAAGGGGCCCACGCAGACCCCGACCCACGCACCCAAGGACCCUUGGCGCACACACACUCAGAGGGGUCACGCGUGCACACGUGCUGUGUGGGCGGGAUGCUCAGGCCACGCGGAUGCUCACCCUCAGGUUCCAGGACCAAGCCCCGGUCCAGGCUGGGUAGGGCUGUGACCGCACACACGGCAAACGCUCCUGCAACCUCGCCGUGCACACACACAGCCCACUACACGUGGGUGAGCCUUCAGGGAGGCAUGGGCCACGCGCACUCGUGAGACCACACAUCCCAACAGCCCGCUUUCCUUCUUAGAAGGCCCCUGCCUGGGGCUUUUUAAAGCCCUGUCUCCUGUAGCCGAGAAAUGAAUCCAAGGAUGAUGCAGCAGGAAAAACCCACCCACCUCCCCGGUUUCCACCCCCCCCCCCGCCGCCGGUCCUGCCACAUGCGUGGUGGGAAAGUCAGCAGCGGCCCACACCCCCCACCUCUAGGGCUUCCAGCCUCCCCCAGCUCGGGGUAUCUGCAGGGGCCUCUCCCACUGGGGGCUGGAGGUGGGGCCAAGGGUCCAGGAGUUCCCACCAGGACAGCUAAGCAGUUGGUGCCCUGGGAGCAGCCCAGGUAGCCUCUGAGUGCUCCUGUCCUUGCCCCAGAGCAGCCCACCUUGGGGGCGGCCAGUUAGGGCCCCCUCCACUCUCCCUGUUGGCUUUCGGUAGCUCUUGCAUGCGGUUUUAUUAACAACAGUCUAGAAGCAACGCUGUAGUGGCUUAACUCAGAGGCAAAUACUACUCUUGCCAGCAAAAUCAGGCAGCUGCCCUGCCCACUGGAGACUGAUUAGUCUACUAACAGCCAAAAGCCCACAGGAGUUGGGGCUGAGCCCCCGGGCGGGCUGGCAGGGGGCCAGUGCUUUCCCUGUGAGCCUCCACGCCUGCCCAGUGUGCGCUCAGCCAUCCCCCCCCCAAGUCCUUCCGCACCCUUCCCUUCCCCAAAGUGGAAUUGUUGAAAAGUGUGGCGAGUCUGUGCUCGAGACAAUAAAGCUUGUGACUGAGGUCAGGA